AAAAAUAAAAGAAAAGGAUAAAAUUGAAGAGGAAAUGACACCAAAUCGUUGUAUCACAAUGGCUAAUAGGGACUUUUGGCGUAUGUAGGUCACGGUUCAAUGUGGCGUACGUGAAACACGUGAAUUUUUUUUGCAUGCGAGUGUUUGUGCCGCCGCUAAACUCGGGUUUUUAUCGAAUUUUGUUGUACGGCUCCUUUUUUUGCGCUUUAAAAAAAUCAAUCGAGACGAUAAAAUGCAUGAAACCCCUCCAAACCAUUUUUAUUUUUGAACGGAUGGCAUUUUACCGCCAUAAUAUCAGAUGUUGAUAGUUCCCGAAUGUAUUUAUUUCUUAGAUGUGUCCGAGACUCCGACUGGCCGAUUCUUGCGAGUGUAGCAAUUGAUUUGGUGAAUCGAGUAAUGAAUAUAGUAUUUUUUAAGUAAACUUUCGGCGCGACUCAGUUAAUAACGCCAUACUCCUAAAUCAAGCGUUCUGGCUUCUUUUUCUCAGUCAGUGUCAAUAGACGUAGGCAUAAAACUGGAAAAUUUCCGAUUUCGUUAUUUAAUAAUUUCACGUAGUAAAUAUUUUGAUGUUUUACCGAAUGCGCGUACCAGGGUCCCAAUGCAUUUUAUUAUGUGUCUGAAUGCAUUGGAUAAACUGGCUUUGUAACAUCGAUGUGUUCUGGAGAUGGUGUGUAAAGAGGAAUUUAUAGCAUGGUUUAAGGACCUGGAUAGUUAUAAACGGAUAGAUAUUUUUUGUGAACUAAUAAAUAUGUGCGUUCCAUUUGAACUGAGGUUCGUUGGUAGUUAUUUAGAAGAAAUAGGAAAGUACAGCUACCAGGAGCUCAAGCAGCAAGCAUUCUUCGCCAACGACCUGGAGAAGCUCGACAAAGAUUUGAUGUUUAAAAAUCAAACGCUGUUUGAGGAGGCUGUGCGUCAUCGAGUGCUUUUGAACAUUUCUCUUUUGAAAUCUAGAAAUUAUAACGUCGCGAACUGGUACUGUAAAAAGUUCUUAAGGACAGACUACAUUGAGGAGUUAGUUUCGAAAGAGAAAGACGAUAUGGUGCAAAAUGAACUUUUGUUGUUGUUUACUAUGGCCUCGCGGCAUCCAGCAUUUACUUUUGACCAAAAAGAGUUUUUUAGUCGGAUACUCGUCCAGCUUUGCGACAUAAGGGACAAUCGCUUUAAAUCCGCCCCUUAUAGUUAUCCCCCCGGAUUCGGAUAUCCCACCCUCCAAAGAAAGAGCUUGCCGCCAGAGAACACGGUGCCGGCGACUUUUCCGAUGCACCCGCCAGGCAUGCCCCAAUUGGAGUUCGUCUCCCCGCUGAGAACGUGGCCGGGCAUAGUGUGCGGAGCACCCGAAGUGCCCCCAUUUCCACAGUCUCGCCAACCGCCCCCGCCGAACUCGUCGCCCCUAGUCAGCCGCGCGUGCUCACCAAACCAAAGCCGCGGCACCUCGCCCCUUCGGACGCCCCGCCCCAAUAGGGCCCCCGCGCCGCCUCCGUCACUGCCGGUACUGGCGUCGCCGCUGGUGCAGCCCGCGGUGGCGCUCGCCCACGCCGCGCCGCCCCUGCCGGUGGGGCCACCCCCGCCGCCGCUGAUGCCCCUGCCCGUCGAACCAUUGCAGCCGCCCCCGGCGUCUAGUCAUCACCAGCAGCCGCCCCAUUCGCCGCCCGAGCUAUGCAACAUGAAGGACGAAGGCAACAACAAGGGCACGUUCUUGUCCUGGUCGACCGUCGCCGCCGGCGACGUCAAACGUAUCAACGGCAUGAGGCUGCCCUUCCCGAUGGGCAACGUCAGGUCGUCGGUAGUAGACCAGAUGCAAUCCAUGACGCUGGACGAUACCGUGCAUUAUCAUUCGAACUCUUCUAGUAAUAGUAGUCCGCAUCAGACGCCGCCCGAUACGCCGUCGAACUGCGCGUCGACCAAUUCCACGCCCCUGGGACGGGGGCCACUGGACAAAGCCAGGUCGAACGGUUUGCCUUACGCGCCGCUUUGUGACACGACCUCUCCUCCCCCGCCCGCCUUCAACAACUUCCAGACGUUCGCGACGUUGCCGCCGAACAGGUCGAUGUUCCAUUACACGACGACGUCGGCGUAUCGACCCCCAGUGACCGGAUUCGCGCAGUACCCGUACCCGAGCUGCGCGGCCGCGGACACCACUCCCUUCCCCACUUACUCCUUCCCUUACUUCUCCCUGAUGUAUUCCAGUUAUCCCCCGCUCCCGCAGCAGCAGCCGGCGGGCGCCGCGACGCCCCAACUGAGGAGUCCGCCCGGUUGCUACAACUGCGGCGCCCCCGGCCACCUGGGCCCCGACUGCAGCCAGCAGAACAUCGAGGAGAUCACGCAAAAGAAGACGUACCGGUUGCGUUACAGUCCAGUGCAGUCGGACAGCGGGGACAAAUGAUAGCGGCCCGGACAGUGGCGUGCGACGGCCCGGUGUGUAUAUAAAUAGUAGGUCGUGCGAAUGGGGGGUCUUGUGGGGUCGAAAUUUUUCCUUCGGCGGCCUUUGGGUUUUAGUAGAAGGCAAGGGGUUUGAAAUCGAAACAUUGUUUUUUAAUAUGUUACUUAUAAGGGGGGAUAAAUGACGGCGGAGAUAGAUUCAAAACGCAAGGAUGUGAAAGGAGAGCGAAAAAGGUUCUUGGGGCAGAUUUAGAUAAUAAAUUGCGUCAUAUUCGUGAGGUGCCUUAUCCUUUAUGCAGCUGUUUUCAAAAGUCUUCGGUCUUCUUCCAUUUUAUUCAAUUUUAAUGUGUUUAUUAUUUAUGUUGCUUUGUGCACUCUUUAGAGAGCCUUAUUUGAGACGACCUCGUUUCAAAUGCCAGUCCCGUCACAUCAGUUUCUUUUAAUACGUCGAUCAUCUUGCCAUGUUUGAGAUUAUUAAAUACCGUGGGUGGUCUUAGAAAUAGUAAUCAGGGUUGAUUUUAUCCAAAACUUACAUCGUAACUAUCCCUAACAGUGACAACCAAGUGCCCGAAAAUUUAAGGUUGUUAAAUAUCCAUAUGACGGCGACAAUGACACAGAGUUUAGUGCAAAUCCUAAGUCCUACCCAAUCAUAAAAACAAGGUAAAUUACCCUUACAUCUUAUCCUUUAUUUUUGCAGUAGCCUUUUACCUUCAAUCUUACCUUGUAUUAUUCCAUGUGUUUAUUACUUAUUUUGCUUUGAUUUUUUAUUUCUGCUUCUAACCUUUUCGGUCGGACAAGGGGUUUGAAAUCGACGCAUUAUUUUUUAAUAAAAUAGGGGGAGGAUAAACGACGACGUCAGAGAAAGAUUCAAAACCCAAGGAUGUGAAAGGAGAGCGAAAAAGUUCACAGGCCCUGGGGGGAGGUUUAGAUAAUAAUUUGCGUCGUAUUCUUAAGGUGCCUUAUCCUUUAUACAGCUGUUUUCAAAAGUCCCACGUUCUUUCGUCUUCUUCCAGGUGUCCUUUUGCGUUCAAUUUUAUCUUGUGUUAUUCUGCGUCUUAAAUGUGUUUAUUACUUAUUUUGCUUCGUUCGCUCUUUGGAGAACCUUAUUUGUAACGACCACGUCUCAAAUACUUUAAACCUUUUCAGUACGGUUUCAGCGUCCAGUCCCAUCACAUCACUUUCUUUUAAUAUGUCGAUCAAUCUUGCCAUGGACCUAGGAGAUGUCUUUGUACACAAGGUUUUCUUUUUCGUUUCAUCAAAAUAAGGUUACUAUCGUAAACAUCCGUAUGACGUCACUGAAUAUCGAAUGCUUGCGAUAAUGAGCUGACAUCUUUUUCAUUGAAUUUAGUUCGAGUACUACCUAAUUAUAAAAAUAAGGUAAAUGGUGUCUUAUCCUCUACAACUGUGUUAAAAAGACUCAUAUUCUGUGGUCUUCUUGCAGGAAUCUUUUACCUCCAAUCUUACCUUGUAUUAUUCUAUGUGUCGUCUUGAAUGUGUUUACUACUUAUUUUGCUUUAAUUCACUUAUUUAGGCUUCUAAUAUUUUCUGUCCGAUGUCAAUGUCCAAUCGCGUCACAUCAGUUUUUUUUAAUACGUCCAUCAUCUUGUCAUGUUUGACGUCAUCAGUACUGUGGGUAGGACACAGGGACAAUCUACACCAACGAAAUGUCUCAAUGUCAUAAGUUUAUUUUAAUAUGUCGACCAUGUUGUCAAGUGUAACCUCUCCAAAUGACGUUUGCACAAUGAGGUUAAGGUUAUGUGUUGGUUAUGUUCAUAUAUUGAAACGCUGACUUACAAAUGGUGGAUAAAGGUUUAUUUUAGCCAAUUGUCACGUGUUUCAUCAAAAUAAGGAUACAUUUUGUAACUUUCCUUAACUGUGAAAACCAAGUGUGUAAAAAAAUAUAUUUGUUGAAGGUAGUUGGUCUCAACGGGAAUCGUGUUUAUUUGUUUUUAUUUAAUUUUUGGCUCUGCGCUUUCGCCUCCUUAUGUUUUGUAUAAAAUUGUUCAAACACCCUGUGUGAUAACGUCACCUGUUUGGAAUCUCAUUCGCUUGAAAAUGUUUAUUUUCUUUCACAUUAAGUUCGCCCCGCUCCACAUCGGCUGUAGCGCCAUCUGUGGCCUAUUAAAACCCACGAACGAAAAAACUGGAGUCCCGCGCUUCGCCCCCGCCUCCCGUUCGCUCCGGAAUCAAUUUUAGAAGCUCCCUCGACUAGAUCAAACAAUUGCUUAUUGAUUGUUAAAACUGUUGCUGUGAUUAGGGAGUGAAGUAUAUCUCUUUUUUUUUUUUGGUUAUUUUUUAUUUACGAUUUAUGUUUCCGGUCGAGUAUCAUAAGCGCCAUUGUGUUUUUUUAUCGAUGUAAGUUUAACAGGCGGUUCCGACAUUAAUCGCGUCGUUAAUAAAAGUUGUGUCAAUAAGGGCUUUAUGAUUUUAAAACGUUGAUGCAAUUGGCAAUCCCAAUGAAUCAGGUAAGGAGUAAAUCCAAGUUUAAUACUUGCCUGGUUAUUUUGCACUUUUUUCAUCAUCUACCCUAACCCACGUGACAUAGGAUUAAUGUUUUAAAACGUUAGUCUGGUUUCAUUACGCAAAACCCUCGGUUUUCCUCCUUUAACGAUAAAAACUGGCUAGUCGAGCGACACCUAACGGCUGCGUCUGAAAUCGAAUCUGUCAUGCGUUUUUAUAAUUCUAUGGUCCGUGAUCGAGCACGUCGUAGGUGAAAAAGAAUUCGCUGUUGUAGAUUCAUCAAUAUAUUCGCGUGACGUCAUCUAUCGGAGUAUGGAAACGAAACAAACCAAUUUGUCCUAAAAGGUUAUAGGAUUGUUUCAGUUUUUGUGUGAAAUUUGAUUAUUGCAGACUAUUUAAAAGAUUUCUUGAUCAUUAUUAGUGAACUAUGCAGUUAUCACGAAGUCCGUUAAAUAGUCUCUGACAAAAAUUGAAACGCCCCUAAAAAAUUAUACGGGAAAUUGUUUUGUCUGAAUUCCAAACGUUGACAGUUACCAAUUAAUAUGGCGGAUGUUGCGUCAUCACUAAAACUUGGAUUUACUUCUAUUAACGACGCAAGGUGGCAAAUUUUAUCGUUCUCGUCCUGAUCUCAGUCGAAUACGGAACCGGCCUGGGUGUGAUCUUAUUUUAGCACAAUUUUUAUUAUUAUUUAAUUCUCGAUUUUUACGUGCCGGCCAAUUCGGUACAUUACAAUCCCAGUGUACGAAUUUCCGCUGCUCGAUUUGAGCCUUUCGAAAAUUGCCAUAACCGUUUGCUUUUUUUUUACCAUUUGUUGUUUUUGUUUUGUUACUUUUUUUUUAUUGUCGCGUACCGUCAAAUUACCUAAGUUAAUACAGUUGUACAUUAUCAAGGUUCUACUGUAUAUAGUGACGUAUAGUUUACAGUAAAGUUAAUAUUUAAAUAUUGA